AUGGAGGAACCUUCUGGGCUCCUCGUCAAGAUCCUCUCCGAGCUGGGCCUCGUUUCUCUCCAUCACAGCCGGCCAGACGUCAAGCUCCUCUGCCUGCAGCGGUUCGUCCGCCUCUUCGCCUAUGGCGCAUCGACUCUGGUCUUGGUGCUCUACCUCCAGGCCUUGGGCAUCUCCAAGACCCGGAUCGGCCUCUUCAUGACGCUGACGCUGGUCGGCGACGUUUGCAUCAGCUUCUGCCUCACGCUCGUGGCCGAUGCACUGGGCAGAAAGGCGAUUCUAGCUCUGGGCGCCCUUUUGAUGACGGGAAGCGGCGUUGCCUUUGCCUUUUGCGAGAAUUACUGGAUCUUGCUUGCGGCGGCCAUAUUCGGCGUCAUUAGUCCGAGUGGUAACGAAAUUGGCCCCUUUCGAGCCAUCGAAGAGAGCGUCGUUGCUCAUCUCACGGAGCCGGCGGCGAGAAGCGAUGUCUAUGCCUGGUACAGCCUGCUCGGCACAGCUGGAACGGCGUUCGGGCUGAUGACGGGUGGAUGGGUUGUUCAGUAUGUUUCCACUGGCCUCGAAUGGCAGCUGAUCGAUGCCUACCGCCUCAUCUUUUUCGGAUAUGCAGUCCUCGGCCUGGUCAAGCUCGCUUUGGCCUUGCUCCUAAGCAGCGCGGUCGAGGCCGACGAAGAGGUGACGAAAAGAGCCGUCAAAGCGAGCGCAGAAGCCAGCAACAACGAGACGUCUCCCCUUUUGGGGAAUGGGCUUGGCAACUCGCAAGCAAAUGAGGAGCAGCAAGAGAGCCGUGGCCGAAUUGCGUCUCUUCUUCCCGACAUUAGCCAAGAAGGCUAUGCCAUCCUGACCAGCCUGAGCGUCUUUUUCGCCUUGGAUGCGUUUGCCUCUGGUCUGGCAUCCAUGUCCUGGGUGACAUAUUUCUUCCGCUGGCGCUACGGCAUUGCAGAGGGAAAGCUGGGCUCCAUCUUCUUUGUCACGAGCAUCACUUCGGCUCUCUCCAUGCUUGUGGCCUCUUCCCUGGCCAAGCGAUUUGGUAACAUCAAGACCAUGGUCUUCACGCAUCUACCCUCGUCCAUCUUCCUCUCCCUCAUCCCUGUCUUCCCUGACGUGCGUCUCUCCCUGCUUUUUCUGUGGCUCCGCGCCUCCAGCCAGAGCAUGGAUGUUGCGCCCCGGGCAGCCUUCCUAGCGGCCGUGAUCAAACCAAGCGAGCGGACAGCCAUCAUGGGCGUGAUCAACGUGGUCAAGACCGUCGGAGCCAGCCUCGGUCCCUUUUUGACUGGCACCUUGGCCGACCAUGGCUUGUUCUGGGUCGCUUUCGUGACGGCCGGGUGUCUCAAGGCGAGUUACGACUUGGGCAUGCUUGCAGUCUUUCAGAAUCACGAGAGGCAUGCAGCUGAACGGGAAAGACAAAGACAAAGUGCGGAGGAGAACGCUGCUGCUCCUGCAUAG